CGGGUCGGCGGGGGGUGGGGGGCCCGGGAAUAGGCUGCGUGACGUUGCCGACGGGCUCGGGCCGCUGUUAUUGUUCGUGCUCUGGCGAGUCGUCGCUGCCGCUGCCGCUGCCCCGGACGCUGAGCGGCGCGAGCCAGGGUUGGGGCGCGGGCCCGGUGGGCGGGCGGGCAGCCGUUAACGGCUCGGACCCCGACAGCGGGCGGGGCGGGGCGUCACCGAGGAGCAGCAGCCCGGGCGGCGGCGGCGGAGCGGGCGGAGAUUGGGCGGCCAUGGCCUACGCGUACCUCUUCAAGUACAUCAUCAUCGGGGACACAGGUGUUGGAAAGUCAUGUUUGUUGUUACAGUUUACAGACAAAAGGUUUCAACCAGUGCAUGACCUUACUAUUGGUGUAGAAUUUGGUGCUCGAAUGAUAACUAUUGAUGGCAAACAGAUUAAACUUCAGAUAUGGGAUACUGCAGGGCAGGAGUCCUUCCGUUCCAUCACAAGGUCAUACUACAGAGGGGCAGCAGGGGCGUUACUAGUGUAUGACAUUACAAGGAGGGACACGUUCAACCACUUGACAACCUGGUUAGAAGACGCUCGCCAGCAUUCCAACUCCAACAUGGUCAUUAUGCUUAUUGGAAAUAAAAGUGAUUUAGAAUCUAGAAGAGAAGUGAGAAAAGAAGAAGGUGAAGCAUUUGCGCGAGAGCAUGGACUCAUCUUUAUGGAGACUUCUGCCAAAACUGCUUCUAAUGUAGAGGAGGCAUUUAUUAAUACUGCAAAGGAAAUCUAUGAGAAAAUCCAAGAAGGAGUCUUUGAUAUCAAUAAUGAGGCAAAUGGAAUUAAAAUUGGCCCUCAACAUGCUGCUACUAAUGCAACACUUGCAGGCAAUCAGGGAGGACAACAAGCUGGUGGAGGCUGCUGUUGAGCCUAUUUUUACUUUCUAGCUGCCUGAAUGGGGCCUACUAACUUGUUCUUUCACCCUCCCCCACUCCAGCUCAACUGACACAUGAAACUAUUGUAAGUUGGUUUCAUGUUGCAGGAGAAGACUUUAUCCUUCAAAUUCUUGUAUAACUUUGAAUAAAUGGUUAAUGUUCACUUAAGAGACAGAUUUUGGAGAUUGUAUUCAUAUCUAUUUACAUUUGAUUUCUAGGUCAAUUGAUGUGAUUAUUUUUGUUAAAUGUUGUCUUGUGCCCUUGACUACGAACUGAAUUGUAUUAAACACUACAAAGUCAUCUGAGUAUUUUAAUCAGUUUGUGUAGUUAGGUUUCCCAGCUGCUGUGGUUACCUAAUGUUUAAUAUCGUAGAGCUGUCCUCAAGUUUUUGUCAAUUUUCAAGGCUAUAAAGAGAAGCAGAAAGGACUCUUUUAAUUCUGUAUUUAUCAUUUACUUUCUGUAUAUAUAGUUUAAUAACCUGCUUGGGUGUAUUUGCCAAGCUAGAAUUCUUUAAUGCAUUUGCAUAAAUUCUAUACUAUUUAGAGCUUGAAAACUACAGGAGCAUUAUUAGAAAUUGCUUGGACGCUGAAUUUUAAACCUUUUUGACAUUGUUAGCAUGUUUAUCUUCUGUCAUUAUCCUGAAGUCCAAGAAAAAAAUGCUUAAUGUAUAUUACUAGAGGCUACAUGUGUAUUACCUAUUUUAAUGCCAAAUGUUUGCUGUUUGUUCACAAUUUCCACAGCACCUCUUCAAAAACGGAUUAGCUGUUUGCCUUAAUGAAUACUGUAGGUAAAAACUGAGAAUGAUGAUUGAAAAAUAUAGGAGGAAUUGAUACCCAUUUAAAGUGGCACAUUAUGAAGAUUUUGAUUUUUUUUUUCUUAAAAUAAUGUUGUUUCCCCACUCCUUGUUUACACUUUAUUUCUAGGCAUAUUUUUCAUGCAGGACAGUUGGAGGGGUGUUGUUUUUUGGGGGUUGUUUUUCCAACCUAGAUGUACAGUGACUGUGUAAAGUUUUUCUUUUGGUGAAAACUUGUAAUCCUAAAUAUAUGGUAAGCAUCUUGUCAAUUGUGAAGGGGGUGUGACAAUAAAAUCUUCCAGAUGGAAAAUCUUGAUAAAAGCCAAAACUGGAAAUGGUUUGGUACUUAUUAUAGUGGUGAUGUAAGGAAGGGAGGGAGAGGUGAUGCUCAUAAUGACAUGGUAAAACAGUGCAAAAUAAAAUCCUCUGUUUAAGUAUUAUAUUGGUUAAAGUGCAGAAUAUUCAGUGUCAGUUUGACUGCAAAUGAACAAAAAUGAACUUUUAAUUCUUCAUAUUUAUAUCUAAUUCAUAAAUAAAGGGGUGACAUUAGAUCAUGGUCUGUAUGUCUCCCUGAAGAAAUGAAUUUUAACUACAGUUUUGUCUUACUGGACCAACUGAGACAGAUUUCGGGGACAUAGAGUCAUCUCUCAUUUCAUCUCACUUUACAGUCAAGCUACAAAUGGGAACAUUGACUUCAGAAGUGAAUAAACCUUAAUUUAAGAAGUGUAACAUAGCAAUGGGUCUGAGAUUAAAUAAAGUUUUAAAAAUAUUUGGGGUCUUUUGCUCUUUUUAUAAAGGAAGUUUAUCCAUAGGGCACAAAUAGUACCAAUAUCUUUCUUGUCCCUUUAGGAUUGUAAAAGAAUUAAAAUUGCAGUUUACACUACAUUAUAUCCUUCAACUGCAUUCUCAGCUACUUAAGCUUUUGAGACAUGUACCUCCACACUUAUACCACAGUUAUGAAUUUUAAUUGUUUAUAAUAUACCAUAAUUUGCGAUCAAAGCUACGUAAAACAUUAAGCAUUUAUAAAGCAGAAAAAGAAAGUGCUAACCUUCUAACCUUAGUGUAGAAGCCUGAAGAUGAUUAUUGUAGCCUCUUGAGUCCAUUCUAAUGAAUUAUUUUUGGAUAAUGGAGGUAUUCAGUGAGAUACCUAAGUGAUCUCAUGACAUUUAAGAAUGAAAACCAGGUCUGCUUGGCAGUCUACCACACAGCUUGCCUACCCUGCUUGAGCUAAGUGGAUCUGCUUUGGUAUGUCAGGGGCAGCAGUGCUGCAGAGGUAACGUUAUAGUCUUGGGACUCUCUCUAGCAAACCUCAAGCCAUUGUGGAAAUGGUUCCAACCUUCCUAAGCCAUAGCAAUUAUCAGUAUAAAAAGUUUUAAGAAUAGGAAAUUAUUUUUAUCUGGCAGAUCCAUAUCCUUAGGGGGUGGGGAAGAGAAUCUCACAUAUUACAUAAGUGGUAGGUAGUGGGUUUGGACUAGAGAAGCCUCUGAGAAAUCAUGUCAGUUGCUGAAAGGACUCAUUUUAGAAAAUCGGAGACAUAGUAAUGCUGUUACAGCAGAGAACCGACCGUACCUUUUCAGACCAGUGCUAUAAUUACAUUUCAAAAGUCUGCUGAUUUUAGAAUAAAAUCUCAACUUUGACCAUGCCAAUAUGCCUUCUACUGUGGAGGAAUGAAGUAGCAGUGUUGAAGAACACACUGCUUACAGGCUGUUAUCUGAAUACACCAGUAUUUGCAAGGAGGAGCUAAUGCAUAACCAGCGUUACUUUCUCCCAGGUGUCGUUUUUUGCCUGCCUUAGAAACCAGGUUAGUGUGAAUGUAAUGCUUGAAGCAAGUUCUAAUAUCCUAUAUGUAUCUGUUUUGGGUGAAAGGAGCAGUCACUUUUUACAUGCCAUGUUUCCUUACCACAGUUACAGUAAUCCUGUAUCUCCAGUUAGUUAAGCAACUUCAGUUACACCUUAAUGACUGCGGUAAUAUCUAGUUUCUUUGUUGCAUUUUAGAUGCCCUAACUGAUUGCAUUUUUAUGGCCAAGGAAUUACUUGUUGGCCAUGGAAUUUGAAUAUUUCAUUGUACACAAGAGACCAGAACAGCUGCUGUGUAUAUAAAAAAAAAAAAAAAAAAACCUACUACCAACAAUAGAAAAGUCAUAUCAAGGUGUAUCGUCAUGCAUGUUGUGAUCUUCUCCCUCUGCCUACUUGCAGUAAGAUAUAUAACUGUUGAACAAAAAUGGUAAACCUAGGGUGAUGUGUUCUCAAGUGUUUUGUUUGUUUGUUUGUUUGUUUGUUUGUUUUAAGAUUCUCUAUAUAUCAUUUCUAGGGAAAUUCCAGAAGAUUGGUUACUGUUUUCACAAUAAUCUGAUAAAUUCUUUUGGUGAAAACUUGUAAUCCUAAAUAUAUGGUAAGCAUCUUGUCUAUUGUAGAAGGGGAUUAUCUACGCAAUAAGACUGAGAAACUCAGUCUUCUCUCAAAGGUUUUACACUAUUGUAAUUCCAGAGGUUUCAGUAAUUCUGGUUCUCGUAAAUGUUGAUAUCAGAUUAAAAUUUCUAGUCUGGUAAAGUAAGCGACACUGUCUUGGUUUUGUUGGAGUAGAGUGUGAAUGUGUGAACAGAUCACCUACUGAAUUGCUAAGAAAAGAAAUUGCCUAAAGUUACUCAAAAUAAUUUAUUCCACAUGUACACUUAUUCCCCUUAUUUGCUUGUAAAAAUGAUAUCUGUGUAAUCUGGAUUUUGGGGGUUUAAACAAGCAAAAAAAAUAAAGUUGGAAAUUGUGAAUGUUGCAAGUA